GGAUUCAGUACUACUCUAUAGGUACUCAAGAUUAACAGGAUAUUGAGUGAAAACGAGCAUUUCACCCCCCCUUUAAGAAAACAAAGAUUGAAGUGCUAGUAGAUUGAUUCUCUCAGGCUGCGGUCAAGAAAUAGUGUCUAACGCUAGACGCUUGGGACUCCAUUCACCCUCCAUUAAUAAAAUCACUUUUCUCUGUCACUGUUUGAAUUAAUGUUUGUGUGUUUUCGUUAGUUUAGUUUGUGUGUAUUAGAGUAGUUCAAUAAAGUCUUGGUUGAUUUUACAUACAAGCGUCUUGUGCUGUGUGCUUACAAGUCACUGCCUUAAACUGUAGAUUCUGUUACCUUGCUCAUAAUCUAUUAUCAUAAUUUUAUGAUAUUAUUAUUGUUGGCCACGGGAUAAUAUUUUGUCCAAAAUUGAUAAAAUAUCCUAAUUUUUUUUCCAACUUCAACGAAAGGUGCAGCUGCAUGGCCGAAGAUGGAGUAGGCCAGGGCGGCAGGCCAGAAUGUGUACUACAGAGGACAUGUGGGCUACAUCAACGAGUUUCCAUGAUGAAAGCAUUGUUGACUCUGAUGAAGACUACACUCCAGAGACAAGUACCGCAUCGUCAGCUCGAGGACAGGUCCGGGGUCGAGGGCGAAGCAGAGGAGGUCGUGCAAGAGGCCGUGCAACUAGGGUCCGAGGAAGUAGAGGCCGAGGACGGGGUGGUCGAAGUGCAGGGCAAGGAGCACUUCUUGGACAAGAGGACCUGCGUCGAGUUUUGGAUCUUCAAGCUCAAACAAGGGCAUGUGAACAGGCCAGAAUUCGAGGACUGAGCCUGGAACAAGCACAUCAAGUCCUGGAGCUCUGCCUGACGCGUGACCCAAGUCUUAUGUUUGAUGUUCUGGAAAGGAUGUCAGAAAAUGCUCCUCCACCAGGCCCUCUUGUGUCAGGGCAACCCCCUUGGUGUGUCUGCCAGCGGUGCAGAGGAAUGGCCACAUUUGUAGAACAAAAGUGCUGUGGACAACAUCCCGAUUAUUGUAUUUCCAUACUGCCACACAUGGAAGCCUACAUUUUGGAAGAGGGUGUUCUGCGCCUUGCCAGACGUAUCUGGAAUGACAUUCGAGCAUUGACUGAUAAUCCAGAACCAGGACAAAGUAAUAGACAGUUUCAUCAUGCAGCAUACAGGCAAUUUGUAGUGUGGCAGUAUGGAGCAUUGGGACAGGGUCACAGAGUCAUGAUACCAAGUUGCUGCGUCUGGAAGAUACGCGAUCAUUAUCCUGAUCCACUGCAACAGUACAGAGGUUUUAUUCCUAGUAGAGUCUAAGAGUCUAGAGUGCUUUAGAGAACUGUCCAUCUAUUGUGUGGAUGAAUACAUGUACAUAGUUUCUGUGUUUUACAUUGUACAAUAUUAAAAUUAUUUAUUUUGUUUGGUAUACUGUUUUCUUCGUUUA